AUGGGUCGAAUCCCUUUUGUGACAAGCCCCUUGUCCAAGAGCAGCACGCGGCAGAGUUCAACGUCUGAUGGUGAGCUCGGCCUGGACACACACGAUGAGAUCUUGUUCGAGAACCCUCAGUUCGAACACUAUGAGGCUACCUCCAACAUCCAGUUGUUUUUCGACUUGUUUUUCGUGGCCAAUUUGACCUCCUUUGUGACUGCCCGCGAUGUGAACAGCAGUAAGAUGCUGGCGUCCUAUGUCGGCUUCAUCAGUAUCUUGUGGUUCACCUGGUGCCAUGUCAGUCUGUACGACGUCCGGUUUGCCACGGACAGCAUCUUCGAGCGUGUGGCCCACGCGUGCCAUUUCGGCGUGAUGAUGGGGCUGGCCGUCAUCGGCUCCAACUUCCUGAGGCAGGACGCCAGGGGCCCCAUGCAGCAGCUGUCGCUGAUCCUCAUGCAUUACCGCAAGACUCGCGUGCCAUUGUUGAUCAUUUUGGUCUCGCUGCUGGCCGCUGCAGCUGUUUUCUUGGUGGGUAUCAACGUGGCCGUGGCCGCGGUUUGGCCGGCGCUCUCGCUUGAGAAGACCCAUCUCGUGGAGAGAAUGACCUGCUUGACUUUGAUUAUCCAUGAUCGGGAAGCUGGACCGCGGUUCUUCCCCCAGGACAUUGGAAUUCUCAUAUCAUCCGUGCUGAUUAUUUACCUGACUUACCAACUGUACUUCGACAACAUCAGCAGCGUCGAGGCACUGGGUCCGAUCAGCCAGCACCUGGAUCAACCAAAUCUUCAUCUGGGCACACCUCUGGGCCGGGAUCAGCCAGCUUUCAAUCCCCUGAUGAGCGGGAUCAACAGCAAUGCCCCGGUCGACGAACUCAGGGACAUGCUCGGGGAGGCGUUGGACGACGUCCUGAACCGCUUCACCACCUACAUGGAUCAAUUUCACACCAUCGAAAGCGCCUACAACGCGACCAUCGCGCUGCCCCCUAACGCGACGGGGACGGAGUUCAUCGAGAAGGCGUGGCCGGCCAUCAUGGAGACGGUGACCAUCAUCGUGCACAACUUCGGGAGGAAUAUCCCCAAGGAAGUGGCGGCCAAGGCGAAUCUCACGUUCCAGGAGGCGACAGACGCGGUCAUGAAGGUCUUUGAUCUUACUUUUGGAUACUUCUGCAUCUGCACGGGUCUCUUCUUGAUCUUCACCAUGGUCUUCGCAAUCCUAUCGCUUCCCCGUGAUCCUCAUCAUUUCCGCAUGUGCCGCGUCAGCACGGGGACCAUCGCGCUCGUGGGGCUGGGCCUGGCGCUGCUCAGUCUUAUGAACAUCUCCGGAAAGAGCCAGGCAGUAGGCCAAUCGCCGUGGGUACUUCCAGCGCUGGCGCUGAUCAUGCUCUUCUUGCUCGCGUUGCAUCAUUUUGCCCAAGGAGGCUAUAUCGCUUCUAUACGGCACCACUGACAUAAUACCUAAUAUAAAGACUGUACUAUAGAUGCUUGCUUUUGGUUUCUCAAGGAAAAGCGAUCGUUCAUGGUUUUUAUCUUCCAUUCCGAGUGCCAAUGCUAUCCUAGACACUAGCGUAAAGAAGGAAAGGAUUGAGCAUAGUAUGUUUUGAUAUUGAUUUAUCGAGUCGACAUAGAG